GCAGUCCCCCUGGCUUGGUUCCCACUCCUCCCCCACUCUGCCAACCCUACCGACCAAACACAGGCAGCAGGGCGCGACAGCACGGGCCCGCCUCCUCGCCGCCCGCCAUGGCCGGCGCUCCCCCGACGCCCGCCGAGAGGGACGCCCUCGUCUCCUCCUUCCUCGAGAUCGCCGCCGGCCAGACGCCCCACACCGCCGCCCAGUUCCUCCAGAUGACGAGCUGGCAUCUCGAGGAGGCGCUGCAGCUCUUCUACAUCGACGGGGAGGCCGCGCUCGCCGGGGCGCAUCCGCCGGUCCAGUCGGCCGCCGAGGCCGCGCUGGCGGCAGCCGCCGCCGCGGCCGAGGUGGAGGAGGGGUUCAGGUACCAUCCACCGCCAGCAGCUGCGCUGGAAGAUGGGAUGCUGCAGGGGCUUGGGGACGAUGAUGAUGUCCGUGCGCCGCUGCCUGUGAGGCGCGAGACUCUCUACGGCGACACCCCAACCAUCAUUGCUCGGCCUAAUGCGACGGAUGCAUUUCGUAACUUUGAAGAGGAGGCAAGGCAAUCUGCUUGGGAUUCUGAACAGAAUGCCACAUCCAGUUCUAGUGAUAAGCUGGCAUCUUUAUAUCGCCCACCUUUUGAUUUGAUGUUCAAUGGACCAUUUGACAAGGCAAAGUUAGAGGCCUCUGUUCUAGAUAAAUGGCUGUUGAUCAAUUUGCAGUCAACAGAAGAGUUCAGCUCUCACAUGCUUAAUCGAGACACUUGGGCGAAUGAAGCGGUGGCUCAGACAAUCAGGUCAAACCUCAUUUUCUGGCAGGUUUAUCAAGAUACCAGUGAGGGGAGGAAGGUAUGCACCUACUACCAUUUGGGCUCUGUUCCUGCCAUUCUCCUAAUUGACCCCAUCACUGGACAAAAAAUGCGUGGUUGGAAUGGAAUGGUUUACCCAGACAGUUUGCUGGAGGAUUUGAUGCCUUACCUGGAGAAAGGUCCAAAGGAGCACCAUGCUGCUCAACCUCAAAAACGCCCAAGAAAAGUUGAUCAGGAAACUUCUGUGGUUAGGCAAGGUAAAACAGGUAUAGAGAAUGAAGAUGAGGAACUAGCACGGGCGGUGGCGGCUUCCUUGGAGGAGAAGAAAGGAUCUGGUGAUGACGAGACCAAUCCCAAACCCGAGGAAGAGAAGGAGCCCAGCUUGAGCGCUAAGAUGGAGUACCCCCCUCUCCCCGAGGAGCCGAAAGUAAGCAGGGAGCUUGUGUGCAGGGUGGCAGUCCGGCUUCCCGGCGGUCGGAGGAUCCAGAGGAAUUUCCUCCACACGGAUCCCAUCAAGCUGCUGUGGUCGUUGUGCUCCUCUGAGGUGGAGGACGGGGAGAAGCGGGCCUUCCACUUCGGGCAGCCCAUCCCGGGCGCGGCCAUCAACAAGCUGCAGUACGAGAGCGAGCAGACCUUCAAGGAGGCCGGGCUGGCCAACUCGAUGAUCAACCUCUUGUGGGACUAGGCCGGCCCAUCUCAUCUUUGGUGGGCCUCAUGCAUUGCAUGUUGUUUCUUCGCAAGGAUUUAUUGACUUAUCGUCGCCGCUUUUUUGUUUUCUUCCUUGUCCGGUGGUCGGUCUAGGGUUGGAGCCCAAGUGUGGAAAAAUGCUGUUUCUCGCGUCGGUCAUGUUUUUGUUUAUAGACCCCCCUCCCUGUAGUAGGACUUGGUUCGACCUGAUGCACAUAGUAUUAUUUAUAUAUAGUCGUGUCCGGUGCCGGCACCGACCUAGUGUAGUAA